AUGCCGAAAGUAGAUUUAAAAAAAAUUAAAACUGGUGAUUUGCAAAUUCGACACACACCUAAAGUCUGUUUCUUAGCAUGGAAGGACAAAAAAGCAGUUACAAUGUUGACAACCAUGCAUGAACCUAAGUUGAUCAACACUGGUAAAUUAAACAGGCGUACGAGAGAAAUUGUUGAGAAACCUAAUGUUGUCAUUUCCUACAACAAUAAUAUGGGAGGAGUCGAUCUUAUGGAUCAGUCUCUCUCCGUUUAUCAUAUUAUUUACAAAACAAUCAAGUGGUAUCAUAAACUUUACUUUCACUUAAUCGACAUUGCUAUUUUCAACGCAUACGUAAUUUAUAAUCAGCUUCACCCGGAAAAGAAAAUAAGACACUUGCAGUUUAGACACUCAAUAGUGACAGAAAUUCUUCAACUUCAUCACCAUCAAAUACCACAGGUUAAGCAAAGUGUGCGUCAUGUUGACAAUCCGAUCAAAUCCUCAAAGACACAUUAUCCUGCUAAAGGGUCGAAAAGACGAUGCACUGUUUGCUAUUCUUCCCACAUAAGGAAAAAAACAACUUGCAUGUGCGAAGAAUGUGAUGUACCCUUAUGUUUUGCUCCUUGCUUUAAAAAGUAUCACUGUCGUAGAAGUGAUUAA